AUGAGUCUUACUGAAUUCGUGCAUCAUUAUGACAAACAGAUAGAACAAAUGCGUUCAGCUGAAUUGGAAGAGACUUUUCAAUGCAAUAAUGGAAUACCUUCAAGUUCUGCAAAGAGUAGUGGAAUUAAGAAGCAAGCUGGUAUGGUCUACACCCGAAAAAUUUUCAAUUUAUUUGAGUCUGAGUUUAUUGCUAGCUUGGCAGUGAAGAUCGAGGAAGUUGGAUGUGAUGGGACAUUGCGGAAAUUUGAACUUAAUGAGGAGGGCCACAAAAGAGUGUACAUUGUCCAAUUCGAUUCUUCGAAUGUGACCAUCACUCGUAGUUGUCAGAUGUAUGAAUCUAUGGGAGUAGAUGCAAACAAUGUAGAACUACAAGUCAAGGAGAAAUCUACUGUGACAUUGCGUAGGAAUUCUUUAAUGCGGAAAGCUUAUGGUAUAAUCAGUAAGGGAGCAGAGUCCACUACUGGUAGCGAAAUUGCAUUACAGAAGUUGAUAGAAGCAGAAGAGUUAAUUGAAAAGAAUAUGAAGAAGCUAUCUAUGAGGGAUUCAGGUGUCAAUACUUCUAGUUCUGGUGGUAACAAGAAUCAACCCCUAUCUGAUGAACCACCAGUACUAAAUCCAGCAGGAGUGUGGCCGAAAGGCAUGAGAAAAAUGAAGCCACCAAGCAGUGAAGGACCCUCACAUGCGUCAGUACCUGUAGUCGAUAACUCUAGCUUGCUUAACUCAUUUGUUGCAACGAGUGCUACAUAUCCAACUAACCAGCAAUUUCCAACUAUGAGCUUCCCAGUAUCUGAUGUCUAUGCUCCAUACACUCUAUAUAAUCAGAAUCCUGCUUCUGUGUUGCCAUUUUCUCAACUCAAUUUACCAUAUGCAAAUAUGCAUCAAGGGGGCAACUAUAUCACACAAUUGAAUCAGAAUACAUCCAUAAGGAGUACUACCAAUUUAUUUAGUCACAUUCCUCAAGAGAGCCAGGUUGAUAGUUUGCUUGGUGCUCGUGGUGGUUCUUUUGAGCAUGAGGCAACUAGAAGAAUGAGAAAUGAGUUCAUGGCAAUGGCAGCUUGGGAUGGAUUGCGAUCUAAAGACAGUCAAAGAAUACUCAUUCUCGGUGCCACAAAUCGGCCAUUUGACCUUGAUGAUGUUGUCAUUCGUAGCUUACCAAGAAGGACAUAUGUUGAUUUACCAGAUGUUGAAAAUCGUAAGAAGAUUUUAAGUAUAUUUCUAGCUCAAGAGAAUCUGGAACCUGGUUUCCAAUUUGAGAAACUUUCAGAGUUGUGCAUUAAAUACUUACAAUAUUGUAUUCAAUACUUACAAUAUUGUUGUAAUUUGCAGAACCUUUGUAUUGGUGCUGCAUAUAGGCCUGUCCAGGAACUAUUAGAAGAAGAAACCAAGGGCAGCAAAGGUGAUUCAUCUGCAGCUUUAAGGCCAGUUAAUUUAGAUGACUUUAUUCAAUCAAAAGCCAAGGUUGGGCCAUCUGUGUCAUAUGAUGCUGCAAGUAUGAACGAGCUUAGGAAAUGGAAUGAGCAAUACGGUGAAGGCGGAAGCAGAAGAAAAUCACCAUUUGGUUUUUAAAACUGCUCUUAAUAGGUUGACCCAAAUAUAUAUAUAUUUUUUCUGUAUUCUUAGCAAGAAAGAAAAGGAGAGGCCCAAUUUCUUGUUCAUCUCUUAAUGGAGAAAACUGAAGAAGCCAACUAUGGAAGCCACUUUUCUUUCUCGGAGGGGAAGGGAAAGAAACCGAUAGAAUAUUGCCCAACUUUGGUGGCUUAGGAGAACCUUAGGAGGCUUUCACCCUUUUUGAGCGGGUGAUGAACCUAAUUUGUUCUAUAGAAAUCCCCUUUUAAUUUUUCAUUCUUGUAAACUAGGUUAAUGGCAAGACUGUUUGAUGCAGGAGCAUAUGGACAUCAUGUCUUAUUUCGUAAUCUUUGAUAUUUUGUCAUUAAGAUAGAUUUAGAGAAUUAUUAGGAUUUACUUUUAUUUACCUUCCCCUUUUAGUUUGAGCCUACUUAUUCUCUAAGUAUUGUAACCCAUAUAUAUAUGGGUAUUGUAGUAGUUGUUGGGAGUUGAUGUUUCAUGAAUAAAAUCAGUCUAUUUGCGGCAUGGAUUUGCCCU